CCGCGAUCGCGUCAGAGCAGAGCGUGUGGAAAGUCUCACGCCUUUUUGAGCUGUCAUUGAUCACACAAUGAUGAAUCACAAGGCGAAAACAACAGCCUGACAGGAUUUUCGGCGAUAGAAAAGAAAGAGGAGGAUGGAAACGGAUUAUUAAUUCGUGUCGGCUGUGUGAGGUAGUGCUGCGCGCGCACACACUGGGUGCGGGUUAUUUUGGUUUAGUGAGGCAGUAUGACAUGCGCGUUUGAUUUUGCUCAGUUGUUCAUAUGUUUAUGAUAUAAACUCGAGCAGUAUACAGACGCUGUAGUGUCGAGGGUGUGUUCGCGUUCAUUCAUGUUUUAUAGGGUGUGUCUUGAUUUCUCGCGUGUGUUAGUGCUGUGAUGAUCCGGUUGGCUUCAGUGCGCGCGCUCCUGACCCGUCGCGUGCCCGGACCGGGUCAACUGCACAAAUGUUUCCUCGGAACACACCGGCGCAAAAUCAAACCGGACCAGCUGGAUCUUCCGAACCAAGCCCGGGAGUUCGUGUACGGCCUGAGCCCGGCGACCCGGAUCUGCUUACUGAAGGAGCUGCAGAACUUCGAGUCCAAGGCUGAAGACUCGUCAGAAUCGUCUCCUCUGACAUCAGCUCAGCUCAGAUACAUUCUGCUGCACAACGCCAUUCCCUUCGUCGGCUUCGGCUUCCUGGACAACGCCAUCAUGAUCGCGGCCGGCACUCAGAUUGAACUGUCCAUCGGAUUGACGCUCGGAAUAUCAACAAUGGCAGCGGCGGCUCUGGGGAAUCUGGUGUCGGAUCUGGCUGGACUCGGGUUAGCGGGGUACGUAGAGGCUCUGGCCUCGCGGUUUGGGAUGCAGAUUCCUGAUCUGACGCCCAGACAGGUGGACAUGUGGCAGACCAGAGUCACGUCACACAUGGGAAAAGCCAUCGGCGUCGCCAUCGGGUGCAUUCUGGGAAUGUUUCCGUUGCUCUUCCUCAGUGAUGACGAGGAAGACGAGAAGAAGAAGAAGAAGAAGAAGAGUCACCUGAGCUCAGACUGACGCACUUUUAUAUCGGCAUGGCAACAACUGCGAUUGUUUUGCCAAAGAAAAUGAAGCGAAAGAUCAAACGGUAAAACUGCAUCAUCAAAAUAACAUGAAAAAAUCAUAAAAUAACAGUAGGAAGUAGAAAUCAAAAUAAUUAACAAGUAGUUAAAGUUUAAUCUAAAGAUGAAGAAUAGAUGUUAAAAUGAGCAUGAGUUUAGUUUUAUCUCUUCGUCACAUGACACUAUUUACACCAGGAAUAAUAACUAUAAAGCUUCAGUAACCCCGAUGAGAGUGUGUUAGUCCUCAGCACAAAACAAUCACUUCAUUUAACGAUAAAAACAGCCAAUCAGAAUCCAUCCUGCCUUAAACUCACGUUUUAUCGUCUCAAAGCAGCUUCACAACAGGAAAAUGACAGAAUAAACAGAGCUGAUAUAGUUAUCGUUCCUGAUGUGAACAGAAUUUACUCUCUUAUGGUUUGUUUCCUUUAGAUUUUAGCAGCAUGUUUUUCCAUAGAAGCGUUUAGUGAAGAAUGAAGUUCAGUUUGAAGUGUGUGAAUUAGGAAAAUGUUCUCUAUUUUAACUGUGUUUUCAUCUGCACCAUCAUAGAGCAGAACCGAUGUUUUAUUGACCUCUCAAACUGGACUCUCACAGUCAUAUAUCGGUCUGACUGAACUGGAACGCUCUAGUUUUAUUCUGGACAGCACAAGAGUUUCUGCACUCACAUCUCACACUCCCAGCAUGCAUCUGACACAUGACACUCAAGCUCAGAGCCACCCGGAGAUCUCAGUGUUCAUGGGAAGAGUUAGAAGAGAUGAACAGAACAACCAAUAAAUAUAUUCAUUCAUCACUCAGAUAUUUAUAUAUAUAUAUAAAGUUAAAUGUAUAACUAAAACCAUAAAAAACUUACUUGAAAUAAAUAAAAUAUAAAAAACUUUAACUUAUUUUAUUUCUCAAUUUCCUUUAGUUUGUUACUUCAAGUACUAAAGUAACUAAAACCAAAUACACUAAAACUCCUCAUUUAUUAAUCUAAAUUAAAUCGAAUCUCAACGAUCAGAAGUUGUAUUUAUUAACAUUAAUGUACUGAACUAACAUGAACAGCUGGAUUUUUAUCAACUAACAUCGACAGAUUAAUAAUAAAUGCCGUAAAACACGUUCACCGUUAGUUAAUAACUCAAUUAAAGUUAACGGAUUACUAAAACCUGAACUAAUAUUGAAAUUAAAAUAUCAAAUCUAAUUCAAAACAUAUUCACAAAACCUGUAACAGUGUUUGAGAUGGAAUCAGACUAGUGUAUAAAUGUUUCGGUGAUCCUUCCUGAGGGAAUCCCAUGAUCCUCUGGGCUCACGAGCUGAUCGUGUCUAUCCAGGGCCGCGUUUAACUCCAUCUUUAGACGCACACUUGUGAUCUUCCCUAAACACUUCCAAGUGUAUUUGGACAGACCCUCGACCCCUACUCAUAUGUACACUUCAGGCAGAUCCAUAGACCACAAUGCAACACGACUUGACCCACAAGUCAUCAAACGCUCCAUUUAAACACAUUACCGCCAACAUAAGCGAUGACGUACAUCUGAGACAUCGCACAGCCCGACUCGUGAGCGCCUCACAUGAUCCUCUGAACGUGAGAUUCAUGUCAAGAUGUCUGUUACUGAAUGAACAGAAAUACCUCUGGAUUUGACUUCUGGGUAACACAGAAACACGCCCCAGAAAUGUAUUCAUCAUACUAUUAUUGGACACUAUGCAUUCUAAUAAAUAUAUUCAUGUAUAUAAUGAUUGCACAGCCGUCUCUGGGUAGUUGACUUGUACUCUACAACUAUUUUACAGUAUUUUGCAAAUUCUAUGAUUAUUUUUGUGAGACGACAUGGAAUAUUUGUACUUUUAUAAAUUCAUUUGUGGCACCACAGAACUGUUGAAGCGAAAAGUACAAGUUUAAACUCAUAAAACCGAUGUCAUUUGUGAAGCAUGUUGUUUUAACUCAUAUUGAUGAUUUGGUUAUUAGCAGCAGACUCUGUAUUGUUCAGAUGAAUCAUGGGUAACACUUUACAAUUAUGAACUAACUAUGAAAAAUAACAUCUUAAUUUUAUCAUUUAUUAAUACGCUUGUAAAAUCAACAGUUGUAUCUGUUAAUAUUAUUUAAUGAACAUAAGCUGUAUUCAACAGCUGUAUUUUUAUCAAUUAACGCUAAGAUUAAUAAUUAAUAGAACGAAUGAAUUGCUCAUAGUUAGUUUAUGCAUUAACUAAUGGGCCCUUAUUGUAAAGUGUUACCGAAUUAUAAAUGAAAUAAACACCCCUGAAGUUUCACACUGCAACUGAUUUUAAUAAAAUGCCUUUAUUGACAAUAUAAAAAUCA